UAAGUCCCAACACAAUCCCCCAAAGCCCAAAAAAGCCCCAAACGCCCCGAGCCCUCCCUGGUCCCUCCCGGUCCCCUUGGCCCCGCCCCUUUCCCCUCACGGUUCCCGCCCUUUCCUCGCCCCUUUCCCCUCACGGUUCCCGCCCUUUCCUCGCCCCCUUUCCCCUCACGGCUCGGCCUUCGGGAACGGGGCAGGAGGAGGAGGGAGGGAGGAAGAGGCGCAGCGGCAGCAGGGAGCAGCCGGAGAAGAGCAGAGAAGGAAUCGCGUGGCCCUGGCGCUGCCUGAAGUCGCCGCAGCCCCGGGAGCAUCGCCCCCCAUCCCGCAGGGCGCGCGGUGGCUCCUCUGUUGGGUUCGCGGCGGCAACGGAGGAACGUUCGCGAGCUGCGGCGGUUCCGCAGCAGCAGCAGCAGCAGCAGCAGCAGCAGCAGCAGCAGCAGCAGCAGCAGCAGCGCUUCUCUCGAUCGGUUUUCCGCUCGACUUUCCACUCGCUCCCCAUCCCCUUCUCCCUCUCACACUCACUCUACUCCCGUCCCAUCCCGUCCGUGUCCCGCCUCUCCCAGGCCGGCUGAUGCUGGAGUACAGCCCACCAGAGUGGAUCCUCUUUGGCUACUACCAUGGCCAGCCAGCCACCAUCUGGUCCCUGGGCAUCCUGCUCUAUCACCUGGUCUGUGGGCACCUUCCUUUCCACACAAACGAGGACAUCGUCCAGGGCCAGCUCUUCUUCCCGCCCCGGGUGUCUCAAGCUAGUGAGGCGGUUGAUCUCCUGGGCUUAGCUGGAGGAGGUGGCACGUGUGCCUCUAUGCUGCUCUCCUCCGGAAGAGUGCCAGCACCUCAUCAGGUGGUGUUUAUCCAUGGACCCCACAGACAGGUCAUCACUGGAAGACCUUUUUGAUCAUUCUUGGCUGCAGGAACCCUGCCUGGCCCAGGAGACAGCAGAGAUCCAUCCCUGUGCUCAGUAGGAUCCAGGAGCCCAGCAAGUACCAGCUGCACCCGUCUGGUGGCACUCCAAGAAAACCCCGGAGC